CUCACUAACAGCGGGUAGGCUUUGAGUUGGAAACUUUGCUAGGUCGUAAAAAUGCCUUUAUUUCUUCAUAUAACAUAAUCGCGUAUCCUUUUAAAUUUAAUGCGUUCGGUAAUGUUAGCUAUCCUAAAACGUAUAUAUCCGUCUUUCGAAGUAAAGUACGUUCACCUCUCCCCCGUACUUGCCCGAGGUGGGCGAGGUGAAAAGGGUGUGGCGGGUUUGUCCGGACGCUCCGGUGCGCCAUUGGCUGCGGGUGACGUCCCGGACGGGUGGGGUUAUAAAUAGCGGGUCGCCCCCCGCCUGCCUUGUUUGUCCGAUCGAAGCGUAGCGGUCCGGUUGCUCGCGCACGGCGGUUGAACGGUUUUCCUCAAGUGUCACGGAACCGACUCCUCACUCCUGCCAAAAUGAACAGAGUGCUUCUUUCCGUCUUCGCAGCUGGCAUGCUCUUCGCUAUUGGCCAAGCCCUGGAGUGCUACAAGUGUGACAUUGGCUUUUGGAACCUGUGCUUUACCACCAAAACAACAUGUGCUGCAGGACAGCAGUGCUUCAGUGGCGUUGGGAAAGCUGCGGAUUUUGUGGACAUCAAGAUGAAGGGGUGUCUGAAUACUGCCGAGUGUGACAAGGUGACCAACGUCGAGUUCUUCAACAACAAAACGGUAUACACCAUGAACAAGACCUGCUGCGCCACAGACCUUUGCAACGGCUCCCCCGGCCUCCCUGUGGUGACCCCGCUGUCCCUCACGCUGGCGAGCGCCACCGGCCUGCUGGUAGUGACUGGGGUGCUGGUCUGAAGCCCCCCCCCCC